AUGAAUAGAGCUGUUUUUCGACAAUUGUCUCUAUCCUCGCCUUUGCUCCGACUAAGAGCUUUUAGGGCUCCAUUGUACUCCACUGGUAGAGCUUCUGGGGCACACGAACCCACUGCCGCGAACGCUUCAAAUACACCGGCCUCAGAGCCUUCUACUUGCACACCAAAAGACGAUGUCAAGGACUCUGAUAAAUAUAAAGAGCUUCACCAUUCUUACCUCAUGGUCCUUGCUGAUAUGGAGAAUCUGCGUGUCCGCACUAGAAGGGAGGUUGAGGCAGCCUCGAAUCAUAGCAUCACCCGCUUCGCAAAGGAUUUGCUCCCCGUUUUAGAUGUCCUUGAGCUCGCGUUGAACAAUUCCAAAACAUCAGGGUCGGUUUCUGAGAAUGAAUUUGCAAAGGCCCUUUCAGAUUUAAGAGAAGGUGUCGAUCUGACUCGGAAUGAGUUGAUAUCGGUCUUUAGAAGACACGGCAUCGAGGCCAUUGAGGCCGAAGCUGGGGAUUCGUUUGAUCCAAACCACCAUAUGGCCAUAUUUCAGGCCCCUAAAACCGAGGCGUCUGUUGCAAAUCGCAUCGUCGCCGUCCAAAAGAAGGGAUAUCGGAUUAAAGACCGUAUCCUUCGCCAUACGCACGUUGGGGUUUCCACGUAA